GCUUGACUUGCACGCCCACUCUGACUAAAACCAACAUGUCAUGAUAGCAUUGCUGCUUCCUGUAAAUAUUUGAGACUACUCCUUUUGACUGCCAGACAUCAUGGCCUCUUCAGGGUGCCCAAUGGCGCUCCGGCGAUACGUCUGCGCUUCAUGCACCAGAUCGUGGGCGAGAGCGAGGGUGGGCUUGCAGAGCAGCGACCGGAUACAGCGACGAUACAAGUACUACAUAGCUCCUGAAGGGGAGCAGGCUAGGCCAAUCAUGGGGUAUUAUGCUGAAAUGCUGAAGAAGCAGCCAUCGCAAGCUCCGACCUUUUCAAACGAUACGUUGGACGACACAGCUCCGCAAGCUCCAGCUACUCUGCAACCAACAGACUCCCCCAAGUCGCAGAGGGAGCUCACGCUCGAACGUGCUCGCACUGUCUUUGGCUCAAAACCAGGUGUGAGGGAACGAAGGAUUGAGAUCGAUGCUGCUUCCACGGACAUUGCAGGCAUAAAGGUACCACCGAAGCCUUCAGAGCCGGAUAAUUGCUGUAUGUCUGGAUGCGUGAAUUGUGUAUGGGACAUGUAUCGUGACGAGAUGGAAGAGUGGGUGGAGCAGAGCGCCAAAGCAAGAGCUGCGAUACAAGGCAAGAGAGAAGGGGCUCAGGGCAGCGGCAGCAUGGUUGCAGAGCAGGAGCCUCCAAGUCAUGUCGCUGGCAGCAUGGACGUUGACGGCGGAGGCAGCAAAUCGAAUUGGACCGUGGGUGCGGAUGAAGAGAAAUUAUUCGAUGAUAUACCCGUGGGCAUCAGAGAGUUCAUGAAGACAGAGAAGAAGCUGAAGCAGCGGCACAAGGCGGGGGAGAUCCCGACCUAAAUAGAGCAUCAUGCGUGCGGAGAUACCAUUGAGAAGCAACUAAGUCCUCCACCCGCACGCUUCCCAGACCAGGACGCCGUUGAGCCCUCCGUAUGCUCCAAUGCAAUGCAAAUGUGUGCCCACGCCGUUAACCGUCCUGGGAGCGCUUAGUCGUCGGCGCCAACGUCGACGCCUUUUGCGCGGAGUUCUGUUCGUGCCUCCUUGAUCUGUGCCAUCAAUUCCGCGUGCGCCUCGGGUACGUCAUUGAAGGUGAAGACUCCCCAGCCGAGCUUGAAGAGAAGGUAUGCGCCGAACGAGACGAGUGCCCAGAAAGG